CAGGGCCAGGGCCUCCCUGUGCCGGGCACUGUUGACCGCUUCUGUCACAGGGCCUUUUGUUCCCUGCACAGGACACAUUGAAUAAUAACUCUCUGGGCAAGAAGCACAGUUGGCAGGAUCGGGUGUCGCGAUCAUCCUCACCCCUGAAGACAGGGGAGCAGACACCGCCACAUGAACACAUCUGCCUGAGCGAUGAGCUGCCACCCCAGAGCAGCCCUGCCCCCACCAAGGAUCGAGGCACCUCCACCGACAGCCCGUGCCGCCGAAGUGCUGCCACCCAGAUGGCGCCUCCCAGUGGUCCCCCUGCUGCCCCGCCUGGUGGCCGGGGCCACUCACAUCGAGACCGCAUCCACUACCAGGCAGAUGUGCGGCUGGAGGCCACCGAGGAGAUCUACCUGACACCAGUGCAGAGACCCCCAGACCCUGCAGAGCCCACCGCUGCCUUCCUGCCGCCAGCGGAGAGCCGGAUGUCAGUCAGCUCUGAUCCAGACCCGGCCGCCUACCCCUCAGCUGCAGGGCGGCCGCACCCCUCCAUCAGCGAGGAGGACGAGGGCUUCGACUGCUUGUCAUCCCCAGAGCGGGCUGAGCCCCCAGGUGGAGGGUGGCGGGGAAGCCUGGGCGAGCCACCGCCACCUCCACGGGCCUCGCUGAGCUCGGACACCAGCGCCCUGUCCUACGACUCGGUCAAGUAUACGCUGGUGGUGGAUGAGCACGCCCAGCUGGAGCUGGUGAGCCUGCGGCCAUGCUUCGGCGACUACAGUGACGAGAGUGACUCGGCCACUGUCUAUGACAACUGCGCCUCUGCCUCCUCCCCCUAUGAGUCAGCCAUUGGGGAGGAAUACGAGGAGGCCCCCCGGCCUCGGCCCCCUGCUUGCCUCUCCGAGGACUCCACGCCUGAUGAACCCGAUGUCCACUUCUCUAAGAAGUUCCUGAACGUCUUCAUGAGUGGCCGCUCUCGCUCCUCCAGUGCAGAGUCCUUCGGGCUCUUCUCCUGUGUCAUCAACGGGGAGGAGCAAGAGCAGACCCACCGGGCCAUAUUCAGGUUUGUGCCUCGACAUGAAGAUGAACUUGAGCUGGAAGUCGAUGACCCCCUGCUGGUGGAGUUGCAGGCUGAGGACUACUGGUAUGAGGCCUACAACAUGCGCACGGGUGCCCGGGGCAUCUUUCCUGCCUACUACGCCAUCGAGGUCACCAAGGAGCCUGAACAUAUGGCAGCCCUGACCAAAAACAGUGACUGGGUGGACCAGUUCCGCGUGAAGUUUCUGGGCUCAGUCCAGGUUCCCUAUCACAAGGGCAAUGACGUCCUCUGUGCCGCUAUGCAAAAGAUUGCCACCACCCGCCGGCUCACCGUGCACUUUAACCCGCCCUCCAGCUGCGUCCUAGAGAUCAGCGUGCGGGGUGUGAAGAUAGGUGUGAAGGCUGACGACUCCCAGGAGGCCAAGGGGAAUAAAUGUAGCCACUUUUUCCAGUUAAAAAACAUCUCUUUCUGCGGAUACCAUCCAAAGAACAACAAGUACUUUGGGUUCAUCACCAAGCACCCUGCUGACCACCGGUUUGCCUGCCACGUCUUUGUGUCUGAAGAAUCCACCAAAGUCCUGGCAGAAUCCGUGGGGAGAGCGUUCCAGCAAUUCUACAAGCAGUUUGUGGAGUACACCUGCCCCACAGAGGAUAUCUACCUGGAGUAACGGCGCUGCUCUGCCCUCUGCACCCCCCGGGCCCUCAGGCCAGUGCCAGGACAGCUGGCUGCUGACAGGAUGUGGCACUGCUUGAGGAGGGGUACCCGCCACCACCAGAGGAUGGGGAUGUGGGGGGCUGCUGGCUGAGGGUGGGGGAGGGCAGGGGUUGUGGGGAGAAGCAAAUGCAGUUUAUUGUAAUAUAUGGGAUUAGAUUCAUCUAUGGAGGACUGAGCGGGCUGCCCGGGGAUUGGGAGGGAGCAGGGCUGGGGGAGGUAUCAAGCCUCUGGCCAGGAAGGGUGCCCAUCCUAGGGGCAGAGGGUUCUGUCUCAUCUUGGGCCUCACUUCCCCUGCCAGGGACCCUGGGCAUUGGCUCCUGCCCUGACGAAGCCUGUGCCACCUGCGAGUGCCCACCCACCCCCUGCCCCCAAUGCCCAACCCCAACCCAAGGGCCCUGAGCUCAGGCUGAGCCCAGCCACCUCCCGAGGACUUAGCAGUAAGAAAAUGGCAGCAGAUGGAGGUGCAGUCCCUGUUUCCAGCUCUGUCACUUGUGUGGUCUCUGGAUGGCUCCCACCUCCCACCUCACUGGCAUGCUGGCCCCAUGGCAGGCAUGGAGCCUCACAGGGAAGGAGAGAGCCGCAGCAGGGCCCGCCCUGGCAGGAAAAGGAGGCUUCCACCCCGGCCCAGGCUAGCUGGGGCCUCUUGGCUGCUUCUGUUGUAGCCUCAUUUUGGUCCUGUCACCCUGGCCAUAACUAUUAAAGUGCCAUUUCCUGUCGGGA